CUCCGGCGAUGGAGUAUCCACGUUGACAAGUGUCAAGACUCAUUUGUGAUAAUUCGUAUGCUUCGUAAAUCAGUUUUGGAGUGAAAUCAUCAUGUCGAUUCUGCAUUGCGUUUUAGACACGAUUUAUGGAUUGACCAAGGGUAUCGUCAUCCUCUCGUCAUGCACAGUCAUCACUCUCCUGAUAAUAGUUCCAAUCUGGACGAUAUACUGGAGACGAAUAUUCGCGAAUCAGAAGAAGGAAAACUCUAAGAAAAAUACGACAAUUGGAAUAUUCCACCCGUACUGCAAUGCUGGGGGUGGAGGCGAGAGGGUCCUCUGGAGUGCGAUUGAAGCCCUCCAGAAACAAUACUCCAAUGUUCAUAUUGCUGUUUAUACUGGGGACCUCGACACUGAUCCAGAGCAGAUGCUCAACAAAGUCCAGAAAACUUUUGAUAUUCAGUUGCGUCCAGUCGAGUUUAUUUAUCUGUACAAGAGGAAGUGGGUUGAGGCUGACAUUUAUCCGAGGUUCACCUUGUUGAUGCAGAGUCUGGGGUCGAUGUAUCUGGGGUUCGAGGCGUUAAAAGCGUUUCAACCAGACAUUUACAUCGACACAAUGGGCUACGCCUUCACAUAUCCACUCUUCAAGUACGUCGGUGGCUGCCGAGUUGGUUCCUACACCCAUUACCCAACGAUCUCCACCGAUAUGCUGCGUCAUGUCUACCGAAGAGUCGUAUCCCACAACAACCAUCGCAUAAUUGCCCGAAACCCCUUCCUGUCAGCAGCAAAAAUCGCGUAUUACAAGCUCUUCGCAAUGAUUUAUGGCUGGAUGGGCAGAUGCGCCGAUAUCGUGAUGGUGAACUCCUCGUGGACUGAGGACCAUAUCAAUUCCAUUUGGAAGUGUCCACUCAAGACACACAGGGUUUAUCCACCCUGUGCUAUUGAGCGUUUGGCUAAUUUACCGCUUUUGUCUGACGAGGAGAAAGGGAAUAUCAUCAGAAUUGUGUCGGUGGCACAGUUCAGACCUGAGAAGAAUCAUCCGUUGAUGCUGAGGAUUAUGUAUGAGCUUAGAUCGAUUAUCAAAGAGGAGGACUGGAAUAAAGUUCGUCUGGUCCUCAUAGGCUCCUGUAGAAACGACGACGAUCGAACCCGAGUGAAGGACAUGCAGGAUCUAUCGAAACACCUGGCAGUCGACGAGAACGUUGAAUUCAAACUCAACAUUCCAUACAACGAAUUGGUCAGAGAAUUCCAACUGGGGACAAUUGGUUUGCACGCCAUGUGGAAUGAACACUUUGGCAUCAGUAUCGUAGAGUGCAUGGCUGCUGGGUUAAUCAUGAUAGCUCAUGACUCUGGGGGACCCAGGGCUGACAUCAUCGAAACCCAGCGAGGAAGUCAGACCGGUUUCCUAGCUGUCGACGCAGAAGAAUACGCCAAAAUCCUAGCCACGAUAAUCCACAUGAAUCCAGAGGAGAGGAACACAAUAAGAAAUGCGGCAAGAGCGUCAGUCAGCAGAUUCUCCUGCGAACAAUUCGAGAGGGAAUUCCUGCGAACAGUUGCCCCACUCUUCCGACCCAAGUUGGAAUAAAGAACUUGUUGUUCAUGCACGAAAAAGUUCAGAGGAAAGCUUAACAGAUUCGCUUUGAAAUUUCAUUGGACUUUAUUCGAAAUUCUAUUAAUUUUUCUAUUUUAUAAAAAAAUUAUAUUGGUUUUCUGCGGGAUUUCUCUAAUGGAAAUGUUUGACAAAAAAUAUUGUAUCAGAAGAAUCUAUGUGUUCACACAAUUUAUUCUAUUGAGACCAGUACUGUAGGAAUUCCUCUGCUUAAAUGUUCGAUGAAUUUUUAUCCAUUUUUCGAAAAUCAAAUUGUUUCAUGUUUGAGAAAAAUUGUGAGAUUUUUUAGACUUUUUUAUGAAACAUAUAAAACCAAUAUUUUUGAUAAUUGAGAAAGAUUAGACAGUAGCUUUGACAAAAUGAAGUGAACAAAUUUUGUCUUAUACACAGGCGCAUAUCGGAUUUAUUUUCAAAUUGAUAAUUCACCUUCUGAAGACUCAAAAAAAUUGAAGUAAAAAUAGAGGGCAAUGUGAAAAAAUAUACUGAAUCAAAAAAUUACAUUAGGCACAUAAUGCACAUAUUUUAUUUGUCAAUAAUCAACUCGAAAUGGUGGAAAAAAAUUUUAUCAGCAUGAAGGAGAUAACUCCGUUCAUCAGUUGAAAAUAAUUGAAUUUUUUUAGUGCUUGAAUCGAAUAAACAUUCUUAAUGAGAAAACAAAAAAAAUGCAGUGAAAAAAAAAAAGAAAAUUUUGAUCACGGAAUUUCUAUAGCAAAUAUCUCAAUGCAAUAAGUUGUACAGAAGAUUGUAAUCUAUUUAUUGUUAUCUAUGAACUAGUCAAUAUUGAUGAUUUUAUAUUUAAAAAUCGCAGAAAGCCAGAAUAAUUUUUCAACAAAAUUAGAGAAAAACAAAUAAAUUCGUUAAUAUAAAUCGAAUAGAAUUUUCUAGCGAAUACUUCAAGUUUUUCUAUGAAUUUUGUUUGUGCCUGUUUUAUUGUACAAAAUGCGACUGAUCAAUUCCAGAUUUUUAACUAGAUUAACGGAUUAAGUGUAAAUAAAUCGAGUCAUGAGGACGAAUGUGA